AAAACUACUUUAAGAUUAUUUUAUUAUUAUUUUAUUACCAUCACCACUCGUAUACGUCCCUACCGCUAGUUACAUAUUUUGUUGAUUCUAUUCCUAAUUGAGAUAUACAAUUCGUGAACCAGACCAACCUAGCUAUCCCCUUCCCACUCCCGAAUAAUAUCUUCCGUGAAUCGUUUCUUAAUUCUUAGUUACCCGCUGCGAGCACAUUUGCGGACGAUGCGAGGCUAACCUGAAAAAAUGGACCUAUGCACCUUUGCCUCCCAUUAUUAUAUAUAUCUUAAGAGAGGAACUUAUUCUCUAUCGAAUUCACAAAAUUUACAGUUCAAGUUGGCAGGCAUCUUCAAUCAAUUCCAAGCCUCAUUAAGAACCACCUUCGCCAAUAAUUUGGUAUCUCACCCUAAUCUUCUCUCCCUUCCCUAUCUCUGUAAAUUGCACCAACUGUGGAAAUCAAAACAGUACUCAAACUCACCGAGCUACACGCGUGCAGAUGCAUAUGGCGAUCACGAAUCCACCCCAUGCGGCAGUUCUCGCGAGCCCCGGCCUGGGCCAUUUGAUCCCGUUGCUGGAGCUCGCCAAGCGCCUCGUCACCUUCCACGACAUGCACGUCACCUUCCUUGUCAUCACCACCCAUGCCUCCGCCGUGCAAUCCCAACUCCUCCGUUCCUCUUCCCUCCCCGACGGCCUCCGCCUCCACCUCCUCCCGUCGGUCGACGCCUCAUCCCUCUUCCCCCGAGAUACCACUCUCGUUGUCCGCAUAAGCACCAUCGUUCGGGCUUCCCUCCCGUCUAUCCGAUCCACCAUCGCCGAUCAGCCCCGUCCCUCUGUACUCAUCGGCGACAUUUUUUGCACGGAUCUUUUCGAAAUGGCGAAGGAGCUUUCGGUUCCCAUGUACGUGUUCUUCACGGCAUCAGCCAAGUUGCUCGCCUUCAUGCUUCAUCUUCCCACUCUUGACGAAGAGGUCGAAGGAGAGUAUGUCAACUUGCCGGGGCCCGUGGCGAUCCCGGGUUGUGACCCUAUACGAACCGCCGACUUGAUCGAUCAGGUCCGGAACCGGAAGAUCGACGAGUACAAGUGUUUCUUGCACCAUGCAAGCAGGAUGUGCAUGGCUAAGGGUAUUCUCGUCAAUACAAGCGAUGACAUAGAGCCUAAAACACUUGCUGCCCUGAGAGUUGACCCGGACUUCGACAAGCUGAGGCCUACACCCUUGCCUCCCGUGUAUCCAGUGGGUCCCUUGAUCAAAUCAGACGACGGCGACCAAGCUGAGGUGAUGACGUGGCUGGAUGAUCAACCGGCUGAUUCUGUCCUCUACAUUUCAUUUGGAAGCGGUGGGACCCUUUCAGCAGAGCAGGUGACUGAGUUGGCUCGGGGGCUAGAACUGAGUCAGCAGCGGUUCAUUUGGGUGGUGCGACCACCUUCUUCCGAGUCAAAAGCGGCGGCCUCCGGGACGUUCUUCAACGUGGGGAGCGAACACGAGGAGCCGUCGGAUUUCUUGCCAGAUGGGUUCUUGGAGAGGAUCAAAGGCGUGGGAAUGGUGGUCUCAUCGUGGGUCCCGCAGGUGAAGGUACUCCGCCACGCAUCGACUGGCGGGUUUCUCACGCACUGCGGUUGGAAUUCGAUUCUGGAGAGCGUCGUGCAUGGGGUGCCGAUGAUCGCGUGGCCGCUCUACGCCGAACAAAGGAUGAACGCGACAAUGCUGGUGGAGAGCCUCGGGGUGGCGGCUCGGCCGUUGUCGCCGCCGGGAAGGGUGGUGGGGAGGGAGGAGAUAGAGAGGGUUGUGAGAAUGGUUAUGGAGGCGGAAGAAGGAGCGCAGAUGAGGUGUAGGGUGGAGGAGCUUAAACAGAGGCUGUCCAAAGCCAUAGAGGAAAAGAGGACCUCUUAUAAUUUGUUCUGUGAAGUUGAAAAGUGGAAGAUGGGAAGUAAGAGCUCUCUCGGAGUGAAAGGGCACUCACAGUAGCGGCUCUUCAUGCCUAGGAGAAUAAUUUAAUUAGGGGUCUUUAAUAUUUUAUUUAAUUUUUAUUUUUAUUUAAAAUUAAUUUUUUUAAGUAUAUCAAAUAAUUUUAACUGCAUUGUAUCUGCACUCCACCUACCAAACACAUGAAUUCCAUAAAUAAUGUUAAUAUUAUUAUAUUAAAAAAAUAUUUAGGGGUCCCAAAAUUUUUGGAGCCCUAGGCAAGUACCUCAGUGGCCUAAUGUAAGAGCCGGCCCUGGGCACUCAUGAGCACUGAAGUGUUCGCAAUUAUUUCGGAACAUAACAUAUGAAAGCUUGAUCUGUGCAUCAGUUAUUAUUGUUUAUUUGCCAUUUUCGCCACUCUCCAGCUGCCAGUUGAGGGUAGAACGUUCACAAUGUAUUAUUGUUGGCCAAGGUUGUGUAAUUAUAUAUGUUUAGAAGAUCAAAUUGGUGUCACACCAUAUCGUCCAAAAUGACAUUAUAUGGCUGUAGUCACCGAAUUAUAAAAUAAUAAAAAAUAAAUUCAUUUCUACCAUUUGAAAAA